AUGAAACCAUAGAUUUAAUCAACAAGGAAACCAGGAAAGUCUGCACCAAAACCAAAAGAUAAUCUUACGAAUCAAACUUCCAAUUCAAAAAAAGAAUUUACCAAUGAAUCAAAUGGGUUUGAUGCAUCGAAAUAACUAUUAAUCUAACCUGUUCUUAUAGAACAUAAAGUUAAAUAAAACUGNACUCAAAUGAAUUACAUGAUUUUAUUGAAUUGUUGGCUAACCCAAAUUAAUGGACAUUUUAAGAAUAAUUAAAUACACUUGAAUAACCAUUAAGUAACUUAAUAAUGGCUAUGUUGAAUCCAAAUAAAAGUGAGAGAAUAUCUGUUGAAGCUGCUUUAAGGCAUCCUUUUUUUGAAAUUUGCACCAUUAAGGAUUUGAUGGCUUUUUUGAAUAAAUUAAAUUUAGAAUAAGAUAAUUGUUGUAGAUGUAGAUCAUUACAAUCUAGUUUAAGAUUAGAUGAUUAAUAAUGGGGAAAUGUUAUAUAAAAAUUAUAAAAUAGUUAAAAUGAUAAUAAAAAUGAUGAAAUUAUGUUAAAUGAAUUAGUUAAAAGUUUUAAUGAUAUUCAUAUCAUUUAGAGACAUGGAGAUAAAUGUGGUCUUAUUUAAUUAAUGAAUUCUAUUAAUAGUAGUACAGCUCUUAUGAGUAGGUUAGGAUCUAAAUAAGAAUUGUAAGAUAAAAGUUUUGGAUUUUAAUUUUCUGGUUCUUCAAGUAUUGAAUCAUUAUUAUUUUUUAGAUAAAUUAUCUAAUUAAGAAUAAAUGGAUAAUAUUGGUAAAAUCUAAAUUAGUAUAGAAAUGAAGGAUGAAUAAUAAAAUAUUAAUAAUGAUAACAUUAAUCAUUAUAAUAAUAAUAAUAAAUUUCUUACUUAAUUAGGUGCUCAUUUAGAUAGUAGCAUUGAUGUUAUGCCUUAUGAUGGUUCUCUUAUUUAAUCUAAAUAAAUUCCUCAAUAAGAUUAAUAAGGAAUUACUAAGAAACCUUUAAACUCUUUGAAAAAUAUGUUUGGAGAUCUUUAGAUUAGAGAAGUAGAUGAAAUAACAGAAGAUUAAUUUUGA